CCUAUUUAUCGACAACUUCAACAGUUAAGUUGUGAAAUGUGUAUGUAAUCGAUCAUUUCGAUAGACUGGACACAAUAUUAGUGCUUUAUAGUGAAACGUUAGUGCGAAAAUUUUAACCCAUUAAUAACUUUUUUUAAAGGUACGACGAUGAUUCUUAACCACGAGCUCUGUUCUGAACUCAUCAAAUUCGCCGUUAUCGGUGUCACAGUUGGUGCUUUCGUUGUGCUCUUGGUUCUUAAAAUUUACGUUUACAUUUCUUGCGGCUACUGUAAGAGUAACGCGAAAAUGAAUGGGAAAACAGUUAUAGUAACUGGACCUACAGGAGGAAUCGGCAAAGAAACUGCAAGGGAAUUGGCCAAGAGGGGUGCCAGGGUCAUAUUGGCCUGCCGAAAUGAAGAAAGUGGCAAGAAAGUUCGGGACGAAUUGGCGAAUUCAACUGGAAAUCAAGAUAUUGUAGUCAAGAAAUUAGAUUUAUCAUCCCAAAAAUCAAUCAGGGAAUUUGCAGCAGACAUAAACAGAACCGAGCCGAAAUUAAACAUUUUAAUUCACAAUGCCGGCACAGCAGAAUCAAAAUUACAUGUCACAGAGGAUGGGGUGGAAUUAACCAUGGCCACAAACCACUUUGGUCCCUUUUUAUUGACGCAUUUAUUAAUUGAUUUACUUAAACGAUCAAAACCAAGUCGAAUUGUUAUUGUGGCAUCUGAGCUUUACCGCCUUUCGUCUCUAAAUCUAAAUAAACUCAACCCGACAGAUACAUGGUUUCCUGUCUAUUAUUACUAUGUAUCAAAAUAUGCUAAUAUUUGUUUUACAAGGGAAUUAGCCCGAAGAUUAGAAGGGUCGGGUGUAACGGCUAACUGCUUACAUCCCGGAAUGAUAGACUCCGGAAUCUGGAGGAAUGUUCCGGUACCGCUCAAUUGGCCCCUGAAGCUUAUAAUUAAGGGCUUUUUCAAAACACCAGAACAAGGUUGCCAAACUACCGUUCAUUUGGCUGUUUCAGAAGAAGUUGAAGGUGUUAGUGGAAAAUAUUUCAUGGAUUGCAAAGAAAGGGGUCUAAGUCGAGGUGCCAUGGAUGAUGCCAAAGCCAAAAAGCUUUGGGAAUUGUCAGAGAAAAUAGUAAACUUAAGUGAAACAGAUCCAAAAAUUUAAAGACAAUUUCUAGUGCCUUCAGGUUUUAAUUCAUUUUAAGGCUAAGCGUACAUGUGUUACGAAUAUUUUUAAGUAAAUUUUAUUAAUUUUUAAGAAUUAUUUUUUGUGUAUACUCCAAGUAUA